UUUCUCUUUUCCAGGUGAGGCAGAGAGGAGCUGUAAAGGAUGGCUCUGGCACUACGAUGUUUUCGUCAUCUGCCUCUGCUGCUUUAUCGUUCCCCAUUUGCAAUGACACGAGGGCUGCCACAGGCUCCUGCAGGUUGCUCAGCCCUGCUCCUGGAUGGCUGCAGGCAGUGUGUUCAUCAGGUGCUGCUGACCAGACAGCUAGCAACCAAAAAAGCUAAAGGUAAAGGGCAGAGUCAAGCCAAAAUAAAUGUCAGUGCUACCCUAGUUGAGGAUAUUAUCAAUUUGGAGGAAACCAAUGAAGACAUGCAGGCAGUGGUGGAAGCUCUGAAAGAAGAUUUCAGCAGAAAUCUCAGUGUUAGAACUUCACCAGGGGCCCUUGAUCACCUAACUGUGGUGACACAAGAAGGGAAGUUUCCACUGAACCAGCUGGGGCAGAUCUCACAGAAGUCACCGCAGCUCAUUAUAGUGAACAUGACCAAUUUUCCAGAGAGCACAGCUGCAGCUACGAAGGCUAUAAGGGACAGCGGCAUGAACCUGAACCCUGAAGUGGAUGGGACAAUAAUUCGGGUGCCCGUUCCUAAGGUAACAAGAGAACAUAGGGAGAGCCUGGCCAAGCUUGCCAAACAGUCCACCAACAAGUCCAAAGAAGCCCUGAGAAAGGUGAGAAGCAAAAGCAUCAACCAGGUAAAGAAGUUCAAGAGCAAAGUGUCUGAAGAUACCAUCUGGCUGCUAGAAAAGCAGAUCCAGCAAAUGGCAGACAGCACUGCUGCAGAGCUGGACAAGCUGCUGGCAGCAAAGACCAAGGAGCUACUUGGAUAGGCACCAUCUUAAUGGACACACAGCCCUCUCGAGCAAUAACAGACUGCCACAGACCCCAGUGACCGUCCCUGGCCAGAGCCCACAGCCUCAGGUGACGGGCAGGGAUACCUCUGCCAGACCUCCCAAGCAGCUCUGUGCUUCAGCUGCAGUGAUUCCCCACCUUGGAUUGUACUGAAGGGAGUGGGAACUCUCCUUGCUGCUCUUCAUCCAGGUGGCAGCAGAACUGGCUGCACCCAGAUUAAAAACAAAACCGUAGGAAGGAGAACUGGAGGCUACUGGAAGGACACAGGAGGAACGACUGCCCUGCUCACCUUGUGCACUGGACUGUUUGCAGCCUGGCAGAGGCAAGGACCACACACCAGGGAAACUGAACUGUCCUGCUGCCAACCAUUUAUUUUUGCUUAAAAUAAAGACAAAAUGAGAUGUGGAGGAACAGCCAGUUCCUGGUUGGUGUGUCCCCCAGGGUUCCUGCAUCCCAAAAGAAGUGUUUGCCUGUUGCCAUGGCCAGCAGAGUUAGCGGCAGCCUGGCCACUGGGAAGGCACAAGGGAGCUCAGCACCAACUGGUGUAGGGUGGGCAGGUCUUUGCAGGACCCUGGGCUACGUGGAUAGAGAACUGAAGCCAGUGCUGUGUUCAUAGCUCUUUUAACCAGAUCUGAGAACACCAAAAACCAACACAAAAUUUCCAAACCCAUCAUCUGCCCUCUCUGACCAGUUACAGAAUGCACACACAAGCUACCAGUAUCACUUUUUAGCGGAGGUAGAAGCAGAACAGGUCCCAAGAACACGAUGCAGCUCAGCUCCUCACCACCAGCAGGUACUUCCCAAGGGCAGCAAACAGUCUCCCCGCAGCCUUGGGCAAUGGCAGGAGGAGGGAAGGUGGUGGCCAGCCCUGCUCCCAAGGCAUUUGGGUUCAAAGAGCACCAAGUGCUCUGCAGUCCUUAAAUAAACAACUCCCAAAAAGUUAGUUUGUGUGCAGUAGAGAGGGGGAGGAGGAUGAAGGAUUUGCUCUGCUAGGGCCCCACAUGUCAACAAUUUCUCUGCUUUGUGUAUUUUGGCCAAAGCCCUCACCGUGAUAAAUGAAUAAAGGAAAAUGGCGAGCCCAGGGCGGUUACAUGGCUCGCUAAAUUGCUUUCAGCCCAUUACUGCAUUUCU